GAAAUUCCCCCGUAAGGGAACACGAAGCAACAUGUAUAGUUCCGCUGUUAGGAAAAACAUCCUUCCCAGCCAAUAUUUGACAUCGACCAACGUUCGACUGUUCUUGUUGAUGUGGAGGCUUCGAACGAACAAGCACCCAUAUACGUCCAUGUUCUAGCAUGGCGUGGAUCUUCUUCUUCUAAACUUCACCUGAUUUUUGGUUCGGCCCGGUGACAGCUAUGGAGAACAUGGAGGAGUCGCCCCUUCGGAUCACUCCCACCGUCCGGGCGCUGAGCUCCGCACUGCGGGCCACGCGUGGAAAUGUCCACGACUGUGUCCGGAGAGGAGACGGAGGCAACAGGAUGUUCCCUGAGCCGGAGAAGCUGUGGUUUAAGGAGAGUACCGGCAAGAACCUCCGAAGCAGAGACUUCUUGUCGCCGAGCACCAUGCUCAACACUCUCUAUGCGGAUGGACAGCUCCCUCCAGCAGUGAUGUCCAGGGUUCUGUCUGUCCGUGGCCGUGGUGUCCUCCCAGUGGCGGGUGGCGAAGUAAUGGAUGAAGGUCUGAGGGUGAGGAUCGACCGGGCCGCAGCCUUCAAGGCAGUCCUGGCGGGUGGAGCCACAGAGUACCUGACACCCAGUGCCCAGAGGCAGGGUUGUGUGGUGCUCAACUGUCCUGCCCUGCACCCUAAAACCAACCCCCCUACUCCUGAAAGCCUCACUUUGGGCCAGCUCAGGACCAUUCUGUUGGCUGACCACAUGGGGGCGCUGUUGAGAGGGCAAGGAUUUUCAGUUUCCCUUUGCCCCCUCAUCCCGGAAGACAGCGACAUGGUCAGCUUCCUUCGCACACUGGACAUCGACUGGCCCACAUCCCCGGCCAACUGGACCAAUGAGGAAGGUGAGGAGAAGAUCCAGGAAGCGCUGGAAAAGUCUACGUACAGAGAGAGGGAAACAGAGAGAGGCAGAAGGACCAGUGGUGGGGGAGGAAGGAAGAACACGGAGGAGGGCGAGAAUGAAGCAGCAGUCAGGGUUAACUUGAAGCGAGUGUUCCAGGACGAGGGGCUGCAAGGAUACGAUCCCAGCCUUGGAACAUGCACAGUGCACAGAGACAGUGUUUCCCACCUAGCACAACUGGACCUGGCCACAGCUGACUGUACACAGGUUGCCGCAGCAACCGCCUUGCAUGUGACUUCCUGUCAGGACGAGUUCCGCCAGCAGCAGAUAGCGAUGCUGUGGAGAGCCAGUGGAGCGACGCACACACAGAGACAUCUGGUGUGUGGGCCUGUGAAGACUCCUGCUUCUCAGCUCUCUGCUGCACAGUACCUGCAGCUGAGAAGAGGUCAAAUGAAGGAGGCCUCAGAGAUGAAGUAUGGAGAUCAAGUAGAAGGACAGACAUGGGAUGACAUCAUCAGGGUCAUGACCUCUGCUACAAUCAGAUUUGAGCUUCUGUCCACCGUCCACACCAGUCCUGUGACUCUGGAUGUCCAAAGGGAAGGAGGCGUGUCCACCAAAGGGCCGCGAGGAGGCGUGUUUGUGAUGUACAACUGCGCCAGAUUGCACACGCUUUUUGACAGCUACGAUAGAGGAGUGGAGAAAGGUCUGUACCCAGAUAUCCCUGAUGGUUCCGAACUGGACUUCUCUGCCCUGAAAGAAGAGGGCGAAUGGCUCCUCCUCUUCAAUUACCUCAUUCCCUUCUCUGAGGUGCUGGACCAAUCAGGGCCGGCGUUGGACUGCGAAGGAGGUGGGGCUAGAGUCAAUCUUAAAACAGAGCAGAUCUGCAAGUUUCUGGUGUCUCUCAGUAGAGACUUCAGCUCCUACUACAACAGAGUGCAUGUGCUGGGGGGUCAAACUGUGGCCGUCAUGAAACUGUGCAGACUGCAAAAACAGAUUCAGUGUCAAUCAAGGAGCCGCUGCCUCACCUCUUCAAUCAGAUGUUCUGCCGCCUGUACCUUUUGAGAGCCCUGCGAGAGCUCUACCACAGCGCCCUGGAAACACUCAACCUUCCCCCCAUUCGACAACUAUAGCCUCUCCGCCUGUGUCACUCACUCACUCACCUUUGUCACCUUACGUGCACGUCUUGAAGCCAUUCGUAGUACCUACCUCCCGGCCUUUUUAAUUCAAUUUCAAAAUGAUCCAGUAUUAUUAAUGCCAAUGAUAAGAUGCUCUGACCUGCCCACUAUGUACCCAAACACACCAUAGCUGCAACCUUAAAGAGACACCACAUUUUUGCACCAGUAUUUCCCCUAAAAUCUUGUUUCUAAUAGUUCUCCCUUCAUUGUUAUGCUGUAUAUCUAUUUCACUGACUGAAGAGAACAAAAAUGGCUUUUAAUGUGAUUUACCCACCUUGUAUUUAUGAAUGCCACAAACUGUAAUAUUUAUUGAGGCGUGUACAGAAUAGAUAUUCAACAUAUAAAGUUAAGUCUAAGAAGAUGAAAAUAUCACAUAUGAUUGCCGAAAUUAUUCACGUGGGAAGGGCAAGCUAGUGACUUCUUUUUGAUCCAUUAGUAUUGUGUUGCCAUUUCGCUCGUGUUCAAAUGUGCCAUAGCUUUUUUGCAUUGCAAAACUAGACUGCAACCACAUUUUCCUGACUGCAUGAACUGAAAUGUUGCUUGUUCACAUUUUUGAACUGCCAUUUUUUUUCCGUUUACGUAAAAAUGAGAGCUGAUGUAUUCACUCGGUUAACUGCCUCCACUCCUAUGAUCCUAUUAUUAAAACAGGAGAAUUUUACUCCAGUAUGUUGUAUGUUUCAUCCUUUGGCAUCUAUCACGCUAACGUCUGUCUUUUAGUUCGUUAUUCAGCCAAAUUGACACUUACUAUUUACAAUGACUAUUAAGCGCCUUUCCCCCAACAAAUUUAAAUUGGUAAAAUAUCCAGUAAAAUCAUGGAAAAAAAUAUCUAUAUAUAAUUCAUAUAAAACUAUGUAAUAACUUAGUAUGGCGGAUGGGGGCGUCACAAGAUCUCAAGAUUAAAAAACGUGGCAAAAUUUGACUUACACAAAUUUCUCGUGUGCACUAGGCCUGGGACGUU